ACUCUUUUCUACACCAAACAAGCACGACCAAAUACUCUCUAUUCCUGGUGGUUCAUCUUCUUCAUUCUCCAACUUUUUCUCAUCACAUCAUUUCAUUCUUUCUGUCUCCACUUUAACUCUCUUCCUUUUUAGACAUGUUUGCAUUAUUAUUCGGUUGGUCCAAAGCUUCAAAAUGUAAAAAAGCUAUUAAGAAAGCCAAAUGCAGAAUCAGAUUUCUCAAGAACAAGAGACAAACAAUAGUUAAGCAACUACGAAAUGAUCUUGCUGAGUUAAUACAACAUGGUCAUGAAGAAGCUGCUCUUAAUCGGGUUGAGCAGUUAAUAAAUGAUGAAAGCUUGGCAGAUGCAUAUGAAUUGUUAGAAAAAUUCUGUGAAUUUAUUCUAUCACAGUUCUCUUAUAUUCAAAAGCACAAGGAGUGUCCAGAUGAUAUUAAAGUCGCGAUUUCUAGUCUUAUAUUUGCAUCUGCAAGAUGUGGGAACAUUCCGGAGCUUUCUGUCAUCAGGAAAAUAUUUGGAAAAAGAUACGGUGAGAAAUUUGCAAAGGCGGCGGUUGAGUUAUAUCCUGGAAAUCUUGUUAACAAACAGUUAGCAGAGAAUUUAUCAGAGAAAUACGUGACCGAGGAUUUGAGGUAUGCAAAAGUGAACAAAAUUGCUAGAGAAAAUAAGUGUCUCCAACAAAAUGUUCUAGCCAUAGAAUAUUACCCUGAGUGGCAACCAGUGCAGCACAUAGUGGAAAAUGAUCCCAAAAUAAAUGCCACAAUUUCAGAAUCUAAAGUCCAUCCUUCACAGAUUGAUGAGGUUGAAAAAGAUCUCAAAUGUGACUCAUGCAAUACUCUUCCUAAAUCAACCUUUGUUGUUGAUUCUUCUGCUGUAAUGUCUAUUGUUCCGCAAUAUCCUCAAUAUAUUCUGAGUUAUCCUAUGCAAGAUAAAUUCGAGAAAAUAGUAGAGGUAGAUUUCCCUAAGCUACUUUCUUCAGAUAUGGUAGAUUAUGUUGAUGAGGUUGAGGAGUAUCAAUUUUCUUUACCCAAAUACGAGGCCUGCCACGACGAAAUGCUAUUGAAUUUUAAUUCUUCGCGUCUUUCUGGUAGAGAUAGAACUCGAUAUGGAUUUGAUGAAAGUGAUAUAGAUCAAUAUGAUUCAAUGUGCGAGUCGUUAAGCACAAUGACCUCGAGAAGGAGCAAAAGAACACCUAGGAAAAGAUCGAAAAGAAGACCAUCCUCCAUAAAAAAUAUAGGCAUUAUUGAUAUUGGAUACAUGGUUUAUUAUCAAAAGCCAUGCAGAAAAGUUGCUAGUGUUCAUGACAGCAGAAAAGAUCAGAAGAAACGGAUGCUACGUAGCGACCAACCAAGGUUGUGUCUAGCAGAAGAGGAAGAGGUUAGUCUUCUACAACAUAGCGAAGUAGGAUUCGAAUCUCAGCUCGAAGAGUUACCGUGCCUCGAACAGGAUAAUCUCACGACAACGAAUGAAUCCGCAGAAAACCAGAUAAAGAGUGAAGAUAGCACGAGGCGAAUAAACUUCAACAGAAAAAUCAAAGGAUGCAGCUUGGACAAACCUUGUUAUUAUUACCUUUAUGAUGAUACAAAAGACUCUCUAGAAACUCAACCUUUGAUAGAAGCUACAUCACAUGUUGAAGAAGACUGUCAUUGUAGACCAUUUUGUGAAGAUGGUAACAAUGGAAUUGGAAACAAUGAAACAAAAGAAGAGAUUAUUGACACCUCCAGUGUUGUUUCAAAUCCUAAGAUGAAUGGUUCCUUAAGAGAAGAAACAGAAGUUCAGUAUUCAAGGGCCAUGACAAUGCCACAAGAGAGACAUAGAGAGGGAAAAGAUAAGAUGUUUAGGACAUAUUCAUGUCAACAAUAUCCUAAUCAUGUUCAUCCUAAGUUGCCAGAUUAUGAUGACAUAGCUGUCAAGUUCACUGCUCUAAAGAGAGAUCACCUGCAAAAUAAAGACUACCUUAGAAAGUAGAGAGGCAUAUAUAUACACAAGAUUAAUUAGUAUAGCAUAGGCCUAUUAACAUUUUAAUUACUUUGAUUUUUUUUAAUUACACUGAAUAUUCUAACAUCCAUCUAUGUAAAACUAUAUAAUUUUUUUUAACAUUCUGACAUCCAUCUAUGUAUCUCAAAUAUUGCAUAUUUAUAGAUAAAAAUUUUGACCGUGCA